GAAUCUGGACAAAUUCCAGCGAUGGCAGUGCCAGCAGAUCCAGGCCAUGCGCGACAAAGCAAAAAGUUCCUGGAAGCAGCUGAUUGGCGUGGAGAGUGCCUGCAACGUGGAUUGCAAGUUCAAGUUGAACACCCACAAGAUGCUCUUCAUCAUGAACGCUGAGGAUUACAUGUACCGCCGAGGAGCGCUGUCUCGAGCCAAACAGGCAGCACCUCGAGUGUUGCUGCGGCAUCACCAGCGUUUUGAAGAGUGGCACCGGCGCUGGCUUGCAAGGCAUGUCAACCGAGAAGCAGCCGAGAUGGUCCAGGACUGGCUGAUGGGUGAUGAGGAUGAGGACCUGCUGCCCUGCAAAACUACUUGUGAGACUGUCAGCAUACACGGGGUGCCUGUCAACCGCUAUCACGUGCAGUACAGCCGCCAGCCCUCCUCGCCCUGACUUCCAGACUGUCCGCCCUCCCAUUUGCCCCCCACCCCCCUACCCCACCCAAAUUCCAGUGGCCCUCAUGGACUUUUGGGAAGACGACAUAUGUAUCACUGGUAUUUAUCCAACCAGCCUUUAUCAUUUGGGGUCCCAUUGGGGGCUGCAAUGAUUUCCUUCCCCAUCCCCCUCCCUACCCCAUGCAGCAUGGGUGUGCUUGUCCGAGAAAGAAUGGGCCCGCAGCAGAAUGGAGGCAGCUUGCGUUGCUCUCAUUUAAAGUGGGGGCUUUCAACUUAGGUCAGGAGAGAGAGAGAUUGAACUGUAGGAGGGAAGAGACCGGGGAGGGAGAGGGGGCUAGAAGAGACAGGCCAAUUGCUCUUUGAGAAGUUCCAAAAAGUGUUGCCCCCAAAAUUGGGGAUGAGGUCCCCAAGAAUCUACAAGAGGGAAUCUAUUUGUAUCAUGGAGCAGGAAACAAAUUACCAACUGUGGAGACUUUGACUUUCUCUCUCACUUUCCCCCUAUGUUCUAAUUCCGGUUCCACCACAAAACCGUGUUCGACUAAACCGCGCUCGAUG